AGGAACGCAAUCAAUUCAGCAAAGAAAGGAGGUAUUCACAAUGGCUAAAUCAUCAUCAAAGCAAGUGACCAAGAAGGUUACCAAGAAGGAAAGUGCUAAAUCCAAGAAAGUAGAAGCUAAGAAGGAAGAAUCUUCCUCUUCUGAAGAAUCCAGCUCAUCAGAAUCAUCUUCAGAUGAAGAAAGCUCAUCUUCUGAUGAUUCUUCUGACUCAGAAUCUGAAGAAGAAAAGGUAGAGAAGAAAGAAAAGAAGGAAGAAUCCUCCGAUUCAGAAUCUGGUUCUAGUUCUGAAUCCGAAUCUGACGAUGAAUCUUCAUCUGAUGAAGAAGAAGAAGUAAAGAAGGUUGAAAAGAAGGUUGAAAAGAAGGAAGAAUCAUCCGACUCUGAAUCUGGAUCUGAUUCCGAUUCUUCUGACUCUGACUCUGAUUCUGAUUCUUCUGACGAAGAAGAAGAAAAGAAAGAAACCAAGAAGGAAACUAAGGCUGAUAGCUCUGACUCUGACUCCGACUCUAGCUCUGAUUCCGAUUCAGACUCAGACGAUGAAUCUUCCUCUGAUGAAGAAGAAGAAGAAGAAGAAAAAGAAGAAAAGACAUCCAAUAAGCGUAAAGCAGAAGAAGAAGCUGAAGAAGAACCAGUUAAGAAGGCUAGAACUGAUGAAGAACCAGCUACUUUAUUCGUUGGUAGAUUAUCAUGGAACAUUGACGAUGAUUGGUUAAAGAGAGAAUUCGAACCAUUAGGAGGUGUUAUUGGUGCUAGAGUUAUGAUGGAAAGAGCUACUGGAAAAUCUAGAGGUUAUGGUUACGUUGAUUUCGACAGUAAAUCUGCUGCUGAAAAGGCAUUACAAGAAUAUCAAGGUAGAGAAAUUGACGGUAGACCAAUUAAUUUAGAUUUAUCUACUGGUAAGCCUCAUGCAUCAAAGAGUAACGAUAGAGCUAAACAAUAUGGAGAUACUCCAUCUGCUCCAUCUGAUACUUUAUUCAUUGGUAACUUAUCUUUCAAUGCUCAAAGAGACAGCUUAUUUGAAAUCUUUGGUGAAUAUGGUAGUGUUAUUUCAUGUCGUGUUCCAACUCAUCCAGAUACUCAACAACCAAAGGGUUUCGGUUAUGUUCAAUUCUCAAGUGUUGAUGAAGCUAAAGCAGCAUUAGAAGCCUUAAAUGGUGAACUCAUUGAUGGUAGACCAUGUAGAUUAGAUUUCUCAACUCCAAAGGAAAACACCGGUGGUAACAGAGGUGGAUUCCAAGGUGGAAACAGAGGAGGCUUCCAAGGUGGUAACAGAGGUGGAUUCCAAGGUGGUAACAGAGGUGGAUUCCAAGGUGGCAGAGAAAGAUCAUUCUCUCCAAGACCAGCUCCUGCAUCAACUGGAUUCAAAGGUACCAAAAAGACUUUUGAUUAAACAAUAAGGGAUCAAACCUUUUUAUAAUUUUCGUUGCAUAUUUGUAAAUACCUGUGAUCUGAUAAAGGAGACACAGAGAAAACAAUUCCAAUUAAUCAGACAUAUUGCUUUGAGUUGAGUAGUUGCAAAUAUUUUUUCAUUUUUAUUUAAAAGAGACAACUGCGAAAAAAACAACCAGGGCCAAAUUUUUCUAUAAUAAUUCUAAUAUAGAUUGUACAGUAGUGGUAUAACAAAAAGACAAUACUUUCGUUAUUAAUACACAUUUUUCAGUUUAAA